UUUGUGCGCUUGUGGGGGUGGGGGACAGGCGUCAUUCCCUGGAACCAGCGGACUUCCUCUCUACUUGUCUGGGUCACCCUGUCUGCCCGUCGCUAGCCCCAGGCUCGCUCUCUGGCCCCAGCCCUCUUCUCUCUCUCUCCCUCAGCAGCUGUCUCUCUCGUGCCCGCUGGCCUGUCUCUCUCCUUCCCCGCAGUCGCCUCCUUCUCUGCCUGCCUGGGUGGCCGCCAUGGGCAGGAAGCGGCUCAUCACUGACUCCUACCCUGUAGUGAAGAGGAGGGAGGGCCCCGCUGGGCACAGCAAGGGGGAGCUGGCACCAGAGCUAGGGGAAGAGCCCCAGCCCCUGAGCGUGGAUGAAGCAGAACUGGAGUUGCUGAGGCAGUUUGAUCUCGCCUGGCAGUAUGGGCCCUGCACAGGGAUCACACGGCUGCAGCGCUGGUAUCGGGCGGAACAGAUGGGCUUGGAGCCUCCCCCAGAAGUGCGUCAGGUGCUACAGACCCACCCUGGAGAUCCCCGCUUCCAGUGCAGCCUCUGGCAUCUCUAUCCCCUUUGAGGCCCACCUAAGACCUCCUGCCCGCUAUCCCAGAACCUCAACACACAAGUGAGAGCUGGUUGCUGCCCCCUUGGCUCAGUUCUGCUGUGAAGAACUUUUGGCAGGAAAAGAGCCUCAUAGAGAGAGAAAAGAGGCUGAAUCUGGAGGUCUCUGAGGCUCAGCCCUCCAUCUAACCAGCAGGCUUCUGGAGCCCCCUCUGAGAGCCAACACAGCUGAAGCUUGCACUUCCUAUGUGGAGAAUGGUCUCUGAGGACAAGGACCUGGCCAUGACCUUUCAGAUGCCUGCUACACGCCUCCCUGACCACAAAUACUGUGGUCCUGGGAAUAGUGUGGCAAAUAGGCACAGCCUUGACAUGGUCAGACUCAGGCAGAUAUCUAUCUACGAGGCAAAGAUGCACUCCCCACUUAAGGCUGGGAAUCUGAGGGCAAAACUGGCAAGAGGUUCACUAAUGCUUAUCAAUAAAGAACACUGAGUCUGGAA